AUGGCGGUCACGUCGUCGUCGUCGUCGUCGUCGUUCAAGCACUGGCUCGGAGCGCUGCUCCUGGCCGUCCUCUCCUUUAGCCAUGUCGCAUCAGCCAAGGUCGACGACCCGGCCAAGAGCACGGCGCCGUAUCACAAGGGCUUCGCGCUCUUCCGCAGCUCCAACAUGGCCAACGCCGACAAGCUCGCCAGCGGCAUCGGGUUCCACUCGUUCCGCAUCCCCAGCGUCGUCACCACCGGCACGGGCCGCAUCCUCGCCUUCGCCGAGGGCCGCCGCCACGACAACCGCGACUUUGGCGACAUCAACCUCGUGUACAAGCGCACCAAGACGACGACCAACAAUGGCGCCGACCCCUCCGACUGGGAGGGCCUCAAGGAGGUGGUCGGCUCGGGCGACGGCACCUGGGGCAACCCGACGGCCGUGGUGGACGGCACCACCAUCUACCUGUUCCUCAGCUGGAACGGCGGCGCGUACAGCCAGAGGGGCGGGCCCGACGACAAGCUCCCCAACGGCAAGCGCACCAAGCCCAUCGACUCGACGUGGGAGGGCCGGCGGCACGUGUUCCUCACGGAGAGCCGCGACGACGGCGCGACGUGGUCCAAGCCCGUCGACAUGACCAAGCAGCUCACGCCCGAGGGCAAGGCGUGGGACGCCGUCGGCCCGGGUAACGGCAUCGUGCUCACGUCGGGCGAAAUCGUCAUCCCCGCCGACGGACGCAACAUCAUCGGGCGCGGCACCCCGGACAAGCGCACGUGGACGCACCAGAGCCUCAAGGGCGCCGGCUCCGAGGGCACCGUCGCGCAGACCCCCGACGGGAAGCUGUACCGCAACGACCGGUCGCCCAAGGAGGCCGGGUACCGCAAGGUGGCGCGCGGGACGCUGACGUCCUUUUCGGGCUUCGCGCUCGACAAGGGGCUUCCGGACCCAGGGUGCGAGGGCGCCACGCUCUUCUACAACCCCAAGGAGCCCAAGGCGCCGUCGCGCGUCGUCUUCCUCAACUCGGCGGACAAGACACGGCGCCUCUUCAUGCGCGUGCGCAUCAGCUACGACGACGAUGCCGCCAAGUGGACGUACGGCCGCUCCCUGAGCGAUGCGCCCAUCGCGGGUGUCGGCAACGAGGGCGGCUACUCGAGCAUGACCAAGACCAAGGACUGGAAGAUUGGCGCGCUCGUCGAGACCGACUUUUACCAGACUCACGGCACCAAGGACGAUCAUCGCGCCAUCGUCUGGCGUCGCUGGAACCUGUCCUGGGUUUUGCAUGGCGCGAAAAACUAA